AUGCAGAAAUUCGGCUGUCUGGAGCGAUUCACUCAGAUGGUGCGUCAACUGCACGACGGUAUGAUGGCGCGAGUCACGGACAACGGAGCUGUCUCAGAGGCAUUCGCAGUGACCAAUGGAGUGAAGCAGGGCUGCGUACUGGCGCCUACCCUCUUCAGUCUUAUGUUAUCUGCCUUGCUGAUGGACGCGUACCGCGACGAACGCCCCGGGAUCCGCAUCGCCUACAGGACGGACGGUCAUCUCCUGAAUCCACGGCGAAUGCACUUCCAAUCGCGCGUAUCCACAACCACCGUUCACGAACUCUUCUUCUUCAUUAACACGCAGAAGACGGUGGUGCUGCACCAACCGCCACCCCACUCAUUUACAGCUCCCAACGCGCCGCCGCAAAUCAGCCUGAACGGAACCUAA